ACAAAUAUCGUUUCCAAGACUUACGAGUAGGUACCGAGAGCAACAUAAUAAUAAGCAUAACAAUGUGAAAGAAAAACAAAUAGUCUACUUAUAGACUUAUUUUAUAAAGUUAAAAAUAUUUCAAUAUUUCGAAAUGUCUGAUAAUCAUAGCGCAGACGGCGAAACAAGUUGUAAGUACUCAGAUCGAAUAAAUAUCUUUACUUAUUUCUUUAUACCUUUUAAAUAAAAUGAACAAGGUUCUCACUUGAGAAAAGAAGAAAAGUUUAGGGGCAUGAGUUCGGUUUUUAAGCAACUUGAAACUCGGGAUGAAAAUGAACUUGAGCAUUCACAAUGUGUAAGUACCUGACCUACGUGAUGUUUGGUUCGAAAAUUGCAAGCAUUAUUUAAUAACUUUCUUAAUUGUAAUUUACAUGUUGUUUAAUAUCACAGACCGCCAAGAUAAAUUAUUGAUAGUACUCGUUCCUCGUACAGUAUUAAGGUACUUUCACUCGUGUUGCACAUAAACAGAAUUAUUGAAUAAAUGAAAGCGGUAGAUCGAUAUCUACUUAUAUUGUAGGUAUGUUGAGGGAAAAUUCAGUAAAAAAUUAAAAAUGAAAUUUAAUAUUAAUACCAUCACGAACGUUUGUUAACUUUAAGUUACAAUAUGUUGCGUAAAUAAUCUGUAAAAGCAUGAAAUGUUAAAUUUAAUAAAAAACAAUAUCAUCACGAAAAUAAAACUAAAAGGUUUUGUAUGCCUUUGUUAUCUUUUAUAUUUUUCUGAUUAAGUUAGGAGCAGAAUUAUUUUUUUACUCUACCGCGAGAAUUGCACUUAUCAAACAAUUCUUUAAAUGUUUAUAUGUAAUCUGAUUAUCAGUUACCUAUCGCUCAAAACUAACUUUCCGAGGAUGUGUAGUGCAUAUGUACCUUUAGGACGGUCUGACAAAUGAUCGAUUGUUCCGCACCCAUCUUAAGAAGACCCCACGUAUUCUGAAAACGAACAUCAAGUCUGCACAACAAGGAUACCCAUCGGGUCUGGCUGGACCGGGCGGCAGCCGCCUGAAGCCGCCGGGCGUCGCCUCGAGCCAGUUGUAUCGUGUUCUACGCAAGUGUAGUCGUUAAUUACUACCAGCUAAUUCGAAUGAAUUGAAACGGUUCACCGUUUCGCGCGGAACUUGUGGAAAGCCGUUUAGGGUAAUGGAAGUAAAACUGCUGCAUGAUAAAAAUACAAUACGUGAAAACUCGACUCGCAAUGUUUCAAGAAGUUCAGCGUGCUAUCAUGUGCAAAAGAUAAGAAAGAAACAAGAUAUUCCGAUAGAAGAAAGAAUAAAAAAGGGGGUUAGAGUAAAAUGGUCGCGAUCACAACAGCCAAACGAACCUCAGGGAUCCACGGUGUCGCUGGAACCCACUCCCGAGCUGACUACCUAUGGAGGAAUCAAGUUAGGAUGGAUCCAGGGCGUACUGAUCCCAUGCUUGCUGAAUAUCUGGGGCGUCAUGCUCUUCCUCCGCAUCUCCUGGAUCGUGGGCCAGGCUGGGACCAUGGUCACCAUGGCGAUUAUCCUGGUCUCUGGCGUCGUGUGCGUCAUCACAACGCUCUCACUCAGUGCUAUAUGCACGAAUGGACUAUUGAAAGGAGGAGGCGUGUAUUACCUCGUGUCGCGUUCCCUCGGCGCGGAGCUCGGCGCGUCCGUCGGCGUGAUAUUCGCGUUCGCCAACGCCGUCGCCGCCAGUAUGAACACCAUCGGCUUCUGCGACUCGCUCAACGACCUGCUGAGAGCGCACGGCCUCAAGAUCAUCGACAACAGCGUCAACGACACGAGGAUCGUCGGCGCCAUCGCUCUGUUGGUUAUGUGUCUCAUAUGCGCUAUCGGAAUGGACUGGGAGACAAAAACGCAGAACUUUUUAAUCGCAGUUAUCGUCUUAGCGAUCUUCAACUACGUCAUAGGGGUCGCCAAGGGACCUGCGAACGACACUGAAAUCGCCCGGGGCUUCGUAGGAGUAAACGCGGACACGAUGAAGCAGAACGCAAUGCCAGAUUUCCGCUUCAGUGAAGGCGUCCACCACGACGUGUUCACCGUGUUCGCGAUGUACUUCCCCGCCGUCACCGGCGUGCAGGCCGGCGCUAACAUUUGUGGGGACUUGAGGGAUCCUGCCUCCGCCAUCCCAAAAGGCACAUUACUGGCGCUUUUAAUAUCCAUGUCGUCCUACGCGCUAAUCGCAUUGCUCUGCGGUGCUGGCGCCCUACGCGACGCCAGCGGCGACGUCAAGAACCUCACUCAUGCUGUGUUGUCCGCCUGCACUCCUAAGUGCGAUUAUGGCCUGCACCAUGAUUAUGAAGUAAUGCAACUAAUGUCCUGGUGGGCGCCCCUGAUCUACGGCGGGUGCUGGGCGGCGACGCUGUCCACCGCUCUGACCAACCUGCUGUCAGUCCCGCGGCUGAUCCAGGCGCUGGGCGUCGACCGCAUCUACCCUGGCCUCAUCUUCUUCUCGAAACCCUAUGGCAAGCACGGCGAGCCCUAUCGAGGAUACGUGCUCACCUUCUUUGUGUCACUGCUGUUUUUGCUCAUCGCCGACCUGAACACCAUCGCCCCACUGAUCUCCAACUUCUACCUGGCCUCGUACGCGCUCAUCAACUUUUGCACCUUUCACGCGGCCUUCAUUCACCACAUCAGCUGGCGGCCCACUUUUCGGUUUUACAACAUGUGGGUGUCGCUGCUGGGCACGGUGCUUUGCUGCGCCAUUAUGGUGCUGCUGAGCUGGUCUAUGGCCAUGACCACGGUGCUAGUUUUCCUCGUGCUAUACCUGAUCGUGCACUACAGGAAACCCGACGCAGACUGGGGCAGCAGCACGGAGGCCCAGCGCUAUAUUGACAUGGUGCAGUCGCUGCUGGAAAUCAACCAAAAACACAGGUAAGUCCAAUCGUACAACCCGCAAGUCCUGGUGCUAUCCGGGCCAGCGGGGCGACGGCCAGCGCUGAUACAAGUAGCCGGCCUCAUCACUGGCGGCACUUUUAGUCUGCUGGCGGAGCUCCAUGAGUACAGGUUAUCCUCGGCGGAUCGUGAAGCACGCAUCGCGUCAUCCUACCGAUGGCUGCGCGCAAUGAACAUACGCGGGUUCGUCACGCUGAUGGACGACAGCAAGUUCGAGACCGGAGUCCGAGCGCUGCUCCAGGCCUCUGGGCUUGGAGGCCUCGCACCCAACAUCGUGCUGCUCGGGUAUAAGUACGACUGGACGCAGGCGAGCAAUACAGAGGUCUAUGUCAGGGUUGUACGGCUAGCCUUCGAGCAUAAGCUUGGUGUGACGAUCCUCCGCACGCCGGCCGAGCACCGCGCCAGCGAGAGCGUGCGCCUUGAACCCACCAGUUCAUCGUCUCUUACGCGGCCCAGCAUGAGGGAGAUCCAAGAGCUCAUGUACCAGGACUCUGACUUCUCCUUCGUCGAUACAUUGCAUGAAACAAGUACCUAUUUACUUUUCAAGUUUACGAAUCUUUCUUUAGAGUAUUCCAAACAAACAAAGGUAUUAUUUCAAAUGGAAUGGAAAAAAACAUCGAGGUACAAUAAGUAUAGAGAUGAAAUGGUAGAGCCGGCAGAUGACCGAACGAGAUGCUCUUAUGGAACUUUCAGUAGGAGUAGCAGAGAAAGUGCUAUGAUUGUUUUUUCAGUAAAAAGAGAAUCGACCCAUGGUAAGGAUCUGAAGACCCCAAGCGACUCAUUUAAAAUCCUUGAAGCAGAGAGUUACAUGACGCCGCUGUCUGCUUCCGGACCCUAUAAACCCAUGCAACUUCAACAAGGAAUGUUGGACGCGUGGUGGCUAUACGACGACGGCGGGCUGAAUAUCUUGCUGCCGUACAUCAUCGCGACCCGCGGGGCGCACGCGCCGGUCCAACUGCGUAUUCUAGCGCUCACCCGGCACACCCGCGACAGAGCCGACGCCGAGAACCAGUUAAAGAGUCUCCUGGCGAAGUUCCGCAUCAGCUACGCGUCGCUGACUCUCCUGAGCGGCGUGGGCGACACGCCCGCGCCCGCCACUUGGGACCUGUUCCACUCGCUCAUACACCGACAUGCGCCGAGUAGAGAGUGUUUGGUAAACGAGGCUGAUCUGACGCGAUGGGAAGCGAAGACGAGCCGACAGCUGCGCCUGCGCGAACUACUGCUCGAGAACUCGAGCAAGUCUUCCUUCGUCGUUAUGAACCUGCCCGUGCCUAGAGAAGGCCUCCCGGCGCCUCUCUACAUGGCGUGGCUGGAGAUGCUGAGCCGGGACAUGCCGCCGAUGCUGUUCGUGCGAGGCAACGACCAGCCAGUACUCGCACAUGAGGCUUAGUCAAUGAAUCCAACCGUAAACUGUAAUGUAAGCGUACUCUCUGUCUGAGUCGGAAAUCACAAAAAAAAUGUAAUUUUACUAGCCUGAUAAUAAAAUUAUAAUUAAAUGAUAACUUGAAAGUCUAAACAGACAGCUUAUUUGAGAGGCAUAAAUAUUGCGAAUUAAAAAACAUCCUUGUGAUACCACUCGCUGGUCAAUCUAGCAUAGGUAGUCAGGACUACGACUGACCAGGAACAACUUAUUUUUUUUUUUAAUAUGUUAUUGAUUGAUAUGAUAUUAGAUACAUAAGCGUGUGCGAGUAUUUAUCAAUAUUAUUGAAAAAUAUAAAUAGAAGAUAAAAAAUAUAAUAAGACAAUGAAUCCAAAUCUAAACUGAAGCUAACGUAUUGAGUGGAAUAGUAUUGAUGUGUACUUUACUGAUCAAAAAAUGCGCGGUCAUGCCAAGUUCUUUCUAGAUUCCUAACUGCUGCCUUGUAGAUUCAAGUUUUCAAUUCGGAAAACAUGAAUCUAGAAGACUUGGCAAAGAGUAACGUAAGAGGCAUGGUUUGAGUAUUUUUUAUUAUUUUCCGUCCGAUAAAAAAAUUGUUCUAUGGAAAUAGUAGUCAGUCGAGACAAGUGCGUCCAUAGAGGCAAUUGCGCCGACUGACUUUACCUGCCUAGUAAUCUGUGAUAUAAAAUAAAUGAACUGUUAAAUGCUUUGCAAAUUGUGAUAAAUAAAACUACAUAAGUUCAAUA